AUGUUCGCCAUGAAGUUGGUACUAGCUGCAGUGCUGGUGGUCGCAAGCGCCAGACAUGUGCCACAGGUCCAGUCAAUGUGCGAACCAGUAUGCCUCGUGAGGUUCGAUGACUAUGCAGCAGUACCCGAACAUGAAGAUCACCUGCCUAACGGACAACUAGAAUUUGUCGGAUUCGUAGAAGAUGGACGCCCAAUGUUCGAGUUAGAAGACCUGCUUCGAGAACCGGAGGAGAACUAUCAGCCAGAGCACUUGACGAGGACUCGCAGACAGGCUCAGGGCAGCGUCACACUAAACUCCGACGGCGGCAUGGGCCUGGGUGCUAAGAUCCCUCUCGCACACAAUGACAGGAAUGUGGUGAGUGCUAUCGGCUCCAUGGACUUUAACAAUAAGAUGCAGCCUGCUUCAAAGGGCUUCGGUUUGGCUCUAGACAACGUCAAUGGGCACGGACUGACCGUGAUGAAGGAAAAUAUUCCCGGGUUCGGGGACAGGCUGUCGGGUGCUGGCAAGCUGAACGUGUUCCACAACGACAACCACAACGUGGCCGUGACCGGUUCUCUCACCAGAAACAUGCCCAGCAUCCCGAACGUGCCCAACUUUAACACUGUCGGUGGGGGCGUCGACUACAUGUACAAGAACAAGGUGGGAGCAUCUCUGGGCAUGGCCAGUACUCCGUUCUUAGACCGCAAGGACUACUCCGCGAUGGGCAACUUGAACGUGUUCCGCAGUCCGACCACAACCGUGGACUUCAGCGGCGGCUUCAAGAAGUUUGAAACUCCCUUCAUGAACAGCGGCUGGAAGCCCAGCUUCUCCUUUAAUUUUGGCAGGUCAUUCUAG